GGAAAAACCAACCGAGUGCCCUAUGGAUGUUGAAAUCUGAUCGUCAUUUCCGUUACAUUCUGGAUUGCGUCGUUGUGUGUACAAAUAGCGUCUGUCAGCAAUUAGGCGGAUCGAACUGGAUUUCGAUAAUCGUUUAUGUCUCUCUGCCUGCUCGUCUGUGAUUACUUCUAGUCUCUCGUCUUACUUCUCAUCUUCCAUGAGUCUAAGGCCUAUAUAGUCUGGCUCCUGGGAGAUACACAAUUCAGGCUAUGCCUGAUUGACGUCUGGAUGCUGACAAAUCGGAGUCAUUAAGCGGGGUGGAUUGAACGUUUAUUGGCGUCAGGAUAAAGCAAGUGGUGGAUGUGGCAUCAGGAACACGCUGUGGGAGCAUCAACGAAGCGCACCUUGCAGCUAUUGUGCCUGAGUGGUGUUACCGGCCGUAGUGGGCUCCGUCCAGCCUGUCGUACUAGGCGCGCAGCCAUGGCUUACCUGUACUGUCUGACCACUAGUCUCGAUUUACGUGUGAUCUUCACCGUGUUCAUCUUAACUUUUAACCUGAUGGGCGUCGUGCGCUCAUCUGCUUCCGGAAGAGGGCGUGAGUUCAUUUUCGCUUUCCCAACUCAUUUGUACCAGCCAAGCCUUGCAACUUCCAGCACGGAUAGAGCGCGUCUUACUCUAAGCAUUACACCCUUCGAGGAAAGGCCUACUGAUGUCAACGUGACUGUCGUUAGUUCAAACUGGAGUCGCGUGCUGAAACUACCGGCUCAACUGGGCGGGAUGACGGUAGAGUUGCCGUUCGAAUCUCAGGCAGUCGGCUCCGGACUUCAGAACAACACUGUCCUGGUCACGGCCAGCGAGGAUGUCACCGUGCUCGCGCUGUCAGACAAUGGGAAAUCAACGGGUGGUUUUCUUGUCCGGUCCGCUGGCACCCUAGGCACGGACUACUUUGUUGUUUCAUACACCCCGAUCGUAGGGGAAUGGUCUUUGUUUACCGUAUCGGCCGCUGAAGACGAUACGGUGGUUCACAUCCAACUGAAGGCGCCUUUGGUAUUUGAUAAUGCGCCCUACGGCAGGGAGGACUUGCAGAUAUCCUUGAACCGUUUUCAGACCGCCCAGUUUCAGAGCUCACUGGAUCUGACCGGUACGCGGGUCCGCGCUAACCGACCAAUCUCGGUAGUUUCCGGUUCGUCAGGGUCCAAUAUACCGGCCGAGUUUGGUUCAGCGGGGUACGUUGUUGAGCAUCUCCCGCCCGUGGGUGCUUGGGGAACCGUGUACGCGCUGGCUCCCUUCCCCGGGAGGAGGUCGGGAUACAGGUGCGUGGUCAUCGCUGGGUGUGCAAUGACCAUGAUACGAGGCUUCGGUGAUCGAGCUGUUCUUGCCUCCGCAGGAGAUUCAUUCGAAUGGGAUGCGGGGGAUCAUGUUGCCGUCAUUACUUCAUCGACGCCGGUUCUAGUUGCGCAAUUCAGUAAGGGAACCGAGGCUGAUGAACACGUGGGCGUAGAGUCAGGAGUAGGUGGUCCUGCAAUGCUCAUUAUCCAACCCAUUGACCUACUAGUCAGCGGGUCUGGUGCGCUUCUGUCGACCCCAGCGCUCCCACCGGACGCCUACCAUCACAUCUCCGUCACCGCCCCGUGCAAGGAUACCGACGGAAUUACCUUAAACGGUUCCCCACUGGUUCCCGAUCAGAAGUACGAGUACGACGAACUGGAUGGCUUCUGUACCGUACAGAAGACGCUUCAGUCGGACGAGUCCAGCCCCAUCAUCUCUGUCCAGCACCCCGCUCCGUCGGGUGUUCCCCUCGCAGUUUCGGUCGUGGUUCACGGUGCCGGUUUCAAGGGCGCGUACGCUGUAUCGGCAAAUCUUGGCGCGGAGGUGUCGCCCUGCGAAGCCACCAGCUCGGACGGCUGCUGCUUCUUGGAGGAGAAUUCCCAGCUGGUUUCGUCUCUGAGUUACGACGAGGAGGGUUCCAUGCACAGCAGCGACUACGAACUGUACAACUCGAUUCCGGGUGUCGUGGUCGCACUCAAGGCCGUAGUUGAAGGCACGACAGUGCAGCCGUCUCAGGAUCUGACAACGAUGGCAAAUACUCCCAAACCUACGGUUACGAACGGCUUCUUGGUAACUCCAUUUCAAACGACUAACGAAAAUCCAACAGAAACGGAGAAUGUCACCGAAGAACUCGACAAUUUGCAUUCUACAGCCGCGGAGAGCAAUUCUGUAUCUGAUACUGAAGUAAGCUCCAGACCAGCUGAAACAUCCACAGAUUCUUUAAAUCAGCAGACGGGCACUUCGAGCGUAACUACCACACGACAAGCGAUAUCCACUAACUCAACUCCUGGAGGUUCCACUAAAACUUUGGUUUAUUCAUCCGCCUCAGCAACGACAAACCAGAUCAUCUCGACCACAGAACGAAAAACAGUCGCCAGCACGGAUCAACCAGAAGUGACGAAUGGUUCUGCAUCAACAGGGCUUCCAAUCAUCACCUCAACCUGGAUUGAUUCCACGCAAUCCCCCACCGAGGCAGACAUGUCAACAACCUUAUCCACUAGCGUUGCUGACAGACCAACACUAUCCACUAGUGUAGUUGACAGACCAACGUUAUCCACUAGCCCAGCUGGCGCACCAACAUCAACGAGCUUAAGACCAUCAUCCAACAUCACUCUUUCAACGUGGUUAGCUGCAACACUAAGCACCACCGUGACACGUACGGUAAAAGAACAGACUACUGAGCCAGUAGUUGACACAACUUGUUCAACGUGCCAGAGGCCUUUCCGGAUUUUGCUUUAUGGCGGGGUUGCUAUGGCUACACUUCUCCUUCUCUGCAUGCUCAUUUGCCUGGUGAAAAUCAUUCGUGCCAGGAGAAGUGCCAAGACAGCCCACAUGAAGCGAAACAGUCGUUGGGUUGCCUUCCCAGCUAGUCUGUCAUUAGACGAGUUGCAUCUUGGCAGAAUGAAUCUCAAAGCUUCCGCGGGCGGAGACGGGCCAACAACGCCACCACCAACGACUACCCCGACAGGAACCGAUGAGGUGAAACUCGGCACGGGGGAAAACGUCGGCGUUAGCAGUGGAACAUUUAAGGACGAAUCGGAGUAAAACAUUGCCGGUCAAAUUUAACAAGCCUUGAAUUACCCUGUUUCAGAUGGAUGAUGUGAAGGCUAGUUUUUAAACGUUAUUUGUCCUCAGUACAUCUUUAAAGUGUGUGUAUAGCCAGAUUUGACUAUGUAGAAGAAAAAAUAAUAGUCAACGUGGCAACUGCUGUCAGCUUCAUUUGGUGCCUCUGAAAUCAGUCAAACUUCUUGAAAAAAAAAAUUCGAGUUCAGAAUACAAUGCAUUAUCUGGAAAUUUACGGUGGAAGUCUAUUUGGAAGCUAAAACGAUCGGCGUGUGUUUUAUUAGUGACUGUAUGUUUCAUGUCCGGUUGUCAAGAACUAGAAAAACCAGUCUGCGGCUACAUGUAUUUUGGUUAAAGAUUAUAUACUGCAAGACGCGGUUCAUUGUCUGGUUUAGUUAACAUCAAUUUAUUUUUGUGGCGUGUACAUCGUGCUUGGAUUUCAGUACUUUUCGAGACGGCAAAUAUUUGAGGUUCUCCGAAAAGGUGACACAUAAUAAGUACCGUUCUAAAAACGAACAAAAACAGUACUCAAUUGCUUUCACCUUGCUGUACAUAGCUCUAAAAAAUAAAACUGGAAUAAAAUACAUGCGUGAUGUCAUCCUUAUAUAUUGGCCAAAGAUAUUUAAAACCGGGGUGCUCUUGUGCUGUAGUUUGGUGGCGAAACCCUCAGUUUGGAACAUAACAUUACCCCCCCCCCCCCCCGUGUGAACCCCCGCCCCUUAUAGAAAAGGAGAAGGACACGAGCCGCGUGAAGUCAGCGAAACGCAAAAUGGAGUAAAACAAAUGGUUUUGG